AAAAAAUAAUGCACCAGAAUAACAGAUCCAGCCGUGCUCUCUAUGGUCAAGACUCGCAUAAACAACGCUCAAGUAACCGCAGCAGGUCCCACGCGCUCUCCACCGAUCGGAAUCGCGCCCUACAAUUGGAUCAACGGCCGUCGUUCACCGCCAAAAGGCAUCGUCAUCGCAGGGGCGAUUACCAGGAAUGGGAGGUGGCUAGCUGCGUUCCUUGUAAGACAGGAGAUGGGAAAUGGAGCAGACGGAUUGGAAGCUUCGAUGGGGUCCCCCGUCCGAUCCGUGUUGGAAAAAAAAUUAAUCAUAUUUCCCAAAUACGACUCCGG